AUGUAUUAUACCUUUUAUAGCUGGACGGAUGGGAUUGUAGGCUCUUGUGCAAACCUUGCUAUGGGGAACUCUUCAUGGACACACUGUCAUAUUGAGAAGCUUUGGAAAAUUACAGAUUAUUGUCCUCCUUGCGAUACUUUGGGGUUGCAGGUGCUUCUACUGGAAAGGUCAAUAAACCCUCCAAAACUUAUUUCUGUGGCUCAAUUUCUUCCGGAGAAGGCACACAGUCUUCAACUUGAGGCAUUUUCAGUUGCCAUCAAGAAAUUGGAUUCUGAAUUUCCUAGACCUAGACUCCUGUUUGUUGGUAGUUGUCGGAAUGAAGCAGAUGAGAAAAGGUUGCAGAACUUAAAAGACCCAACUGUUAGACUGAAGGUGGAAGAGGAUGUGGAUUUCUAUAAGAAUGUGACGUACAGCUUUAUUUCAUUUCACUUUAUAUUUUGA